AUGUUCAUUUCAGAUAUGUUUUACUUAGAUGAGUGUCGUCUUUUCAUACCGCCUACCAAAGUUGAUACGUUCAAAGAUGAUGUCUCUCAACAGCCGAGGUCAAAUGCACAAGCAAGGUCAGAGGAUAAUAACUGUACCGGAAACUGGCUGGCUGCCAACAUGGUUGAAGAAGACAAGAUUCAAGUAUUUGAUCAAACUGGUAUAUUCUUGAUGGCAUGUCGACAUGGAUUUGUCAAAAGUGUAGCUGAGAUGAAGCACAGCAGAGAAUUGUCAAAGUAUGCACUUGCGACUAUAAAUAGGCUUUUGGAUGUUUGCGGAGAUGGCCAAGGCAUUGGCCACAACUUUGGAUGUACAUUAAGAAAGACUGUGGCAUCAAGUUCUAUUGGUGAAAAGGCAAAAAGGCUUGGUCUUACAAUUACGGUCAAUGCAUUUCAUGGCUAUGCGCAUAACCGACAAUUUUUAUUGAUCUACGAAGGCCGCUUCCUUUUAAAUAACUACAGGCAGGCAAUCUCUAUUAUCCAUGAUUACAGCCCGGUGGUAGAAAAAUUCCAAACCUUGCAUAAUAUUAGCAAUACGGACUUUGUACGGUGGAAUUUGGAAGAACUUGCCUUGAUUGGGAAUCUCUCAACAGGAUUUGAGUAUGAUGUGAUGACGGUAACUUACGUUGAUGAGCUUGACAAGCUACAACAGCUUGAGGCCAAAACCAACAAAAUUACCUCAUCCAGUUUUUUGACUUACACGCCUUCACAUUUUGGCUCAGAUUUUGCCGAAGAUGAAGCAAAGUCCUUAUAUCAACGCCUUACUCGGCAGAAAAAAUGUGUCGAAGAAUUGGAGCACCAGGCUAAAAUGACAACCCGUUGGGAUGAAUUACAUAGUGAAUUUAUUAAAGCAAAGGAGUUUAUUGGGCACCAACAUUUUAUUUUGGUGGUUGAAGAGUUAAAGGGAUUGGUUAUACAGCGUCUUUUGGAGUUGUCGAAAGCUAAUUUAUCUGGAACUGGGUAUAAAAUGCGGAAACAAAUCUCUAGGGCCCUGGCAAAGCGUUCAGGAGCUAUUCGAACUGCACUUCAAAAAUAUAAUUGGAUGGCACCAAAGCAAAAUCCUCCACGGCCUAUCCUGGAGUAUUCAGAAAUAGUUAGCUAUGCUACGCUUGUCUCAGCAAAACGGCAAGUAGCCAUAAAGUUCUUCAAGAUUCAAUGUGCAAAGGAAGAAGUUCUACAACUCAAUGUUGAGGUACAAAGGCUACAUGUGUGGAUAGAUAAUGAGGACAGGACAUUAUUUGAGUCCUACAAUGCGACAAAAGUCAACAGCCCUCUCCUUGCUGCCAAGCUUUACUUGUUAUACGCCAAACAACAUAGGAUCAACAAUGUCCAUUGUAACCGGCUACGUUGCAUUUACAAGCUUGAAGGAUAUACCAGACAAAUUUAUAGCAUGCUGGGUGAUAUGUCAGCGGGGAGCAAUCAUAAUGAGAAUGAUGAUUUGGACUUAACACUUAUCAAAGAUGAGUUAAACAAUGAGGCUGUCAGACUGGAAGACUACAUUCGGGGCAUAUCAUAA